GUAUUCUUAACAAAAGAAAAAACUUGAGCGCAUAAAUUUAUAGAAGCUAACAAUUGUUAAGACCUUAUUCAACUAAAAAAAUUAUCAGUAUUCGAAAUGGCUAAAGCUAAAGCUCAAAAGGCAAAAACAGAAGUGAAAGAAGUUGUAUCAGAGCCAAAAGUAGAAUCUUCAAAAGAACCGGCACCAGCAAAAAUUCGCCGUACAAAUAUAAUCGAAAUUCCGAUUCCAUCAUUGUCUCAACAAAGUGGAAAUUUAUUAGUUUGUGGUCAAAAUGAUGUUGGACAAUUGGGUCUCAAUACAGACGAUGUCAUGGAGAAAACUCGUCCUUCUUUAGUGUCUGAAUUAAGCAACAUUUCUGACGUCAAAGCUGGCGGUAUGCAUAGUCUCGUUCUGACAAAAGGCGGCGAAAUUUGGUCAUUUGGAUGCAAUGAUGAAGGCGCUUUAGGCAGAGACACAGAAGAGGAAGGUUCAGAAACAAAACCUAAAAAGAUUGAAUUACCAGGAAAAGCCGUUAAAAUUUCCGCAGGUGAUUCACAUUCGGCUUGUUUACUUGAUGAUGGACGUGUCUAUGCCUGGGGAGCUUUUCGAGAUUCACAUGGUUCGAUGGGCUUAACGACAGAAGGAAACAAGAAAUCUCCUGUUCAUGUUGUUCCAGAAGUUGUUGCUGUCGACAUUGCAUCGGGCAAUGAUCAUCUUGUCAUUUUAACAAAAAAUGGCCAUGUUUAUACAAUUGGAUGUGGUGAACAAGGACAAUUGGGUCGUGUUUCACCUCGAACCUUAACUGGCGAAUCACGUCGUGGUAAGACAACUCUUCUCAAUCCAGGCUGCAUUCCAAAGAAAGCAGGAAAGUUCAUAGCAAAUGCCAUUUGGGCCACUCCAUUUUGCACAUUUUUGCGUGAGAACAAAAGCAAUAAUGUUUAUGGAUUCGGAUUAAACAAUUACUGUCAAUUGGGAGUGAAGAAAGGUGGAAAGGAAUUUGAACACUUUCCACUGAUGACGAAGUUUUCAGAUGUUAAAGCACUUGCUGGAGGUCAACAUCACACAAUCAUUUUAACUAACGAUAACAAAGUUUAUGCAAUUGGACGAAAAGAUUACGGGCGUCUUGGACUUGGAUCUGUUGAAAGCGAUAUUAAAGAACUUGCACAUGUUAAAGGUUUGACGGACAUUCAUCAGAUCACAUGCGGCGAAGCAAGUUCAUUCGCAAUCACAAAUAAUGGAAAAGUUUAUGUUUGGGGAAUGGGAUCGAGUUCACAAUUAGGAACUGGAGAUGAAGACGAUGUUGAGUCACCAAAACUUCUUGCAAGUGCUCAAGUCAAAGAUAAAAACAUUUUGUCAGUCAGCAGUGGAGGACAACAUUCACUGUUCCUUGUUGAAGCUCCUGGAUCAACAGCAGCUAAAUCGGUAGCUAUCAAAGAAACAGUUCCAGUAAAUGCUCAAAAUGAAGAUCCACCCAUCACUACCAUACCUGAACCUGUUAAAGCACCAAGAGGAAACAGCAAAGAAAAAAAGGAAUCAGCAAAAGUUGUUAAAGCAGGAAAUAAGAAAAAAGCAUUAUCGGUCGUCAAAGAUAAAGAAUCAACAACAGAUGUCAAUGGAAACUCGGAAAAAGAUGAACCAAUGGAUGUUGACGUUGCUGUGACUAAAGUAGCUAGAAAACGAAAAGCAAUUCACCAAUAAUUAGCUCAAUUCAAAUCUUUUCUUUCAUCUUUGAACCUUUUCUUCUAAUUCAUAUUUAAGUAUCUGAUGAAUUUAAAAACCAAAACUUGUUAAAUUUUUCUAUUUCCUUAAACUCAUAAACAUUUAAUUGUCAUAGGAAUCCUUUUAAGCUAAAGGAUUCGCUCUUAAAAACAAUUAACAUUAACAAGACUCUAAAUUGUCUUUAUUUCAAUUUUUCGAUGACCUUCCUCCACGUGUAUAAAACGAAAUUGUUUAGUUAUGGUGUGCCAUAAUUUCUUAAAUAUCUGAAUACGAUGGAGAAUUUAUUGAAUUUUUGUUUUCAUUUCUUAAUUUUUUCUUUCUAUUAAAAAUGUUAGUUUUACUUUUAAGUUACUUUGAUAUCAAUAAAAACAUUUUUGUUCUCUUUUGUGGUAAAGAAUAAA